AUGUGGAUUGCCACGCUUGUGGCUAUGCUUGCAAGCUGGGCGGCAGAUGGGAAACCCAUAUAUUCAACCAUGAGCCCUGGGCUAACUAUUCCGUACAUAUCGCACAUCGGGGCCGAAGGACUCAAGCCGCUUUUUAUCGCAGGUUGCGCAGUCACUGGUGUUUUCCUGGACUUGGCCUUACUUGCAGAGCGCUGGCUUCGACAUUCAGGACAACUUGCAAGAAACAGAGGAGUGUUUGAUAAAACCUGUGCUGUUGGGUCUAUCGUGUUCUCCGUCUCAGGAGCUUUAGGCCUUCUGCUCUUGGCCAUUUUUGACGUUAAGCACCAUGACCAUCUUCACUACGGAUUUCUCAUUAUGUUCAUAGUGAGUUAUGUGGUCAGCGCCAUCCUGGUGUGUCUUGAGUACAUUCGCCUCGGUCGUUUCUAUCGACCACAGCUACGAAUAUUACUCGUCAGCUUCUAUAUUAAGGCUCUGUUCAUCGUCCUUGAGAUUGGUGUGGCCAUUGGAUUUGGCAUCUGCAAGAAAGCCAAAACUCCUGCAAGGAAGAACGCGGCCGCUGUUUUAGAAUGGGUCGCUGCUCUAAUUUUUGCGUUCUUCGUUUUCUCCUUGGUGAUUGACUUACUUCCAUCUUGUGUCAGUGCACUUAUUGUCCUUGGAAUAACAGCAUGGGCUGCGCGGAAUACCAAAACGGUAACAGUUAUCUACUCUCUGAUCGUUGCUACCUUGACACCGGUUGUUCAUGCGGCUGCGUUAAGCACAAGUUGUGUCACAAGGCGCCGUAAAUGGCAUGUCUUUCCACUACUUAUUACCGAUGCAGCUCUCUCCUACUUAUGGCUUACUGCUUUCAUUUUCCUGGCACUUGAUUUUAACCAAGUCAGUUGUCGAAUUAACCGCUGGAACGGACAAACAGUUUGCAGUCGAAAGUACGCUGCAGAAGCAUUCAGCUUUAUUGCGUUCUUCACCACACUUGGUGCUCUGGUGUUUGAAGUAUUGUACAUUUACUGGAUGAAAACUGGGGAUCCGCAGCCGAGGAAAGACCGUAAGGCCGAAGAGCAAUUGGCUCAAAACAUGCGCUCUGCUGGUGUGAUCUAG